AUGCAACUGGCCCGGGCGCUGCUGCGGGGCGCGGGCCUCUGGCUGCUGCCCCUCUUGGCUGCGGAGGUUCUGGCCAAUCAAGGUUGUGAAAAUGGGCACUUCACCUCUGCCGGAGACUGCUGCGACCUCUGCCCCCCAGGCUAUGGAGUUAUGGUUCCCUGUGGGAACACCAAUACCAAGUGUGAACCGUGCGUCCAAAACCUGACGUUCUCCUCCGUCGCCAGCGCCACGGAACCGUGUCAGCCAUGUUCGACGUGCCCGGGCCACGUGCCCAAGGUGGACUGGUGCACCCCUACCCACGAUGCCGUGUGUGCCGUCAGCUGCCCGCGGGGACAAUAUCUCCAUGCGGGAAAUGGGAGCCACGGUGCCGGGCAGUGCCGUCCUUGCCAGGUGUGCCCAGCGGGCUACGGAGCCAUCCAGCCGUGCGGGCCCAGCGCCAACACCAUGUGCCGGAAAUGCCCUGAGGGUUACUACUCGGAGGAGAAGAGCUCUUUGGAACCCUGCCUCCGCUGCCGGCUGGAGUGCGACGAGAGCGAGGUCAUGAUCCAGGACUGCACCCCAUUUUCGGACACACUUUGCAUGGACAAAGAGCUACAGAUCCUGAAGCGCACCGAAGCAGACUCCCGGAAGGAAUUCCCCAAAAGAACACCGCUUCUGGAUUCGGAGGGCAGCCCUUCCCAAAACUCUUCCUCCUCGGAGUUCGUCCCUCCUUUGGCCGAAGACCAGAGCAAGAACAUUAUUCCUGUCUACUGCUCCAUCCUAGCGGCGGUGGUGGUGGGGCUCCUCGCCUACGUCGCUUUCAAAUGCUGGAGCACAUGUAAGCAGAAGCAGCAGCUGGCCAAAGCUCGGGCCGGGGAGCUGGCAACUUCCCCAGAAGGCGAGAAGCUUCACAGCGACAGCGGGGUCUUCCUCGACACUCACAGCCUGCAGGAGCAUCACCCGCUCAAUAAGGCGCACAAGGCCGAGCCCCGGUUCUACGCCAGCCUCCCGCCCCACAAGCGGGAAGAGGUGGAGGAGCUGCUGGAGGCGCCGGGCCACGGCAAGGACUGGCGCUGCCUGGCCGACCACUUGGGCUACGAGGAGGAAACCGUGGAGACCAUUGGCCAGGGGGAAGCCCCUGCCCACACGCUGCUCUCCGACUGGUCCGCCAAGGAGGGGGCCACCCUGGAGGCCCUGUGCACGGCCCUGGCGGCCAUCGAGAGGGGGGACGUGGUGGAGAACUUGAACGCCCCCGCCGAGGUCAGCUCCGUGGUGUGACGG